UCCCCAAAUGCCUGGAAGGUUCCUCAGAGGAGGGCUGGAGGUGCUCGGGGUUCAGGGUGACCCUCAGUGAUCCCUUUAAAAAUUGUGGGGCAGGGAAUGGUCCUGACCCCGCUGGGGUGUGGCCCAGCACACCCCAUAUCGGGAUAUUUCGGUCUCUGCAAAUCCCAGCGCGUCCCGCCCGGCUCAACCCGUCACUCACAGGGAUCCCGAAGGACUUAAAACCUUUCAGAAGCUUUAAGAAGGUUUUAAAAUCACCUUUAUUUACAUAGAAGUGAAUAGUUUCAGAGCCGUGCCAAGCUCUAACGCUGCCGGUUGUGAAACGCUUUGGGCAGCAGCGUCACCCCUCCUCGGAGCGGGAGGUUGAAGCCGAGUGCAUCCCAGGGUGUGCCUGGGCUCCUGCAGGAAUUCAGCCAACCCAGCCCCUGGUGUCAGCCUGAAAAUGACAGAUUUAGCUCCAACAAGGGUUUCCCUCCAGGGUGUGACACAUCAGGGAGUUCGUGUGGGGCUUUGUGACGAGUGACAGCCGUGACCCGGCGAAUCUGAGCUGGUGUUCGGCUCCAACACCAACAAUGCUUUUGUUUAUCUUUGCUUUCUGGGGAGUGUUUGCGGGCAGGUCAUGGUGGUGGCAAAGCAAGGAGGGCGUCCUUCAAAACCUGAAAACAAUGAAGGGAAUGAAACAGCCCAAAAUAAAAAAAAACAAAACCCCAACAUCUCCACUCCCCUGGCACCGACCAACUCCCUGCGCCCAUAAAAAGGGGAGACCCAACCGCUGCUCCCACAGGACUCGGCUUCUCUCGCCUCCCAAGCUCCAUCCUCAGCUCUUUGCUCGCCAUUUCGGGGACCCCUCCUCGCCAUGUCUCGCCAGUCCUGCGCUCUGGGCAAGGGCUUCAGCUCCAGCUCCGUGUGUUUCGGGGGCAAGAACAAGAUGGCUUUGGGCUCCGUGUCCCGYGGAGGGUACCGGGGCAGCGCUGGUGGCUUCGGCAGCAGGAGCCUCUAUUCCCUGGGGGGCACUAAAAGCACCUCCCUGGGAGGAUUUGGGGGKGCUGGCGCAGCCUGCAGAGGUUUUGGCGGCCAAGGAGGAUUUGGUUUUGGGGCCGGAGCAGGAUUUGGGGGCGGUUAUGGCGGAGGGUGCUUCGGUGGAGGACUCGGCGGUGGCUUUGGUGGCUUUGGUGGAGGAUUCGACGGUCAGGGCUUCCCCCAGUGCCCCCCUGGUGGCAUCAGGGAGGUGACCAUCAACCAGAGCCUGCUGGCACCCCUCAACCUGGAGAUCGACCCCGAGAUCCAGAAGGUCCGGACGCAGGAGCGGGAGGAGAUCARGAAACUCAAYGAUAAAUUCGCCUCCUUCAUCGACAAGGUCCGGUUCCUGGAGCAGCAGAACCGAGUCCUGGAGACCAAGUGGAAGCUGCUGCAGGAGCAGGGGGGUGUAGGGACGGGGGGCAGGAGCCUGGACCCUUUUUUUGAGACCUACAUCAGCGGGCUGAGGAAGCAGCUGGAUUGUCUCUCCAGCGAGAAACACCAGCUGGAGACAGAGCUCAAGAGCUUCCAGGACAUGGUGGAGGACUUCAAGACCAAGUACGAGGAGGAGAUAAACAAAAGGACGGCGGCUGAGAAUGAAUUYGUGCUCCUGAAGAAGGACGUGGAYGGAGUCUACAUGACCAAGGUGGAACUCCAGGGAAAAGUGGACUCUCUGACAGAUGAGAUCAACUUCCUCAAGUGUCUCUACGAGGCCGAGCUGUGCCAGAUGCAGAARACAGUGUCCGACACCUCGGUGGUUCUSUCCAUGGACAACAACCGSAGCCUGGACCUGGACAGCAUCAUCGCCGAGGUGAAGGCGCAGUACGAGGAGAUCGCCAACCGCAGCCGYCUGGAGGCCGAGUCCUGGUACCGGUGCAAGUACGAGGAGCUGCAGGCGACCGCGGGCAAGCACGGGGACAGCCUCAAGGACACCAAGAUUGAGAUCUCGGAGCUCAACCGCAUGAUCCAGAGGAUCCGCGCCGAGAUCGAGAACGUGAAGAAGCAGUGUGAGACCAUUCAGACGUCGAUCGCCGACGCGGAGCAGCGUGGGGAGGUGGCCCUCAAAGACGCCCGGGACAAACUGACCGAGCUGGAGACAGCCCUGCAGAAAGCCAAGGCCGACAUGGCCCGGCAGCUCCGGGACUACCAGGAGCUCAUGAACGUCAAGCUGGCCCUGGACAUYGAGAUUGCGACCUACAGGAAGCUGCUGGAGGGCGAGGAGUGCAGGAUGUCUGGAGAGUGCCCGAGCUCCGUCAGCAUCUCCGUGGUGGGCGGCAGCAGCUCUGUGGGAGGUGGAUACGGCAGCGGAUUGUGCCUUGGAGGAGGAGGAGGAAUUGGCUUUGGAAGCGGAAAAGGCAGCUGCAGCGCGGGCGGAGCUGGUUUAUGCUUCAGCCUGGGAGGGGGCGGAUUUGGUGCCGGGGGUGGAUUCGGCUCCCUGGGCGGGGGAGCUAACUCGGUGGUGGUGGGGGGAUCUGGCACCAUCCUGAAGAACAGCAGCUCCAUCUCCRCUGGCCGGAGGCCGUAGGAGAGGGAUCGACCCCCCCUUGGCACCCAGAGGAGAAAGGGAGCGAAUGGCACGAUGACCCCCCCAAAAUGAGCAACGGGCACUGAUGGAACCUGAAACCUCCCCCAAAUGAUGGACACUGACAGCACCUUAAACCACCACYCAAACUGCGUGCGGGGGACAAACAYGGCCAAAUCCAUCUGCUGAGGACUGAAAUUCCCAGCGGCAGCUGAGAACAGCUCGACCCCUCGUGCCCCCCUCCAGCUCAGAUCUCCUUUGGGAGUGGGACCUGCCCGCUGAUGGGGAGCCCCAAACCUGGCUGGGAUGAGCCUGUGGAACAGCACUCUCGGAGGGAGAGGCGCCCAGCACGGGCAGGAGCAGGGAUGGAUCUGAGUGGGGCAGGAAUCCUCGGCUUCUCUCAAGCUCCUGUGCUGGAUCCAGCCCUGGUGCGAUUUUAAUCAGCGCCUCUCAUCAGCCGCAGCUCCAGCUCCAAAACAGGAAUUUCCUCCUGGUGCCUCAGCCCAGAUGAAGAUGUUUCUCACCCCACUGACUUUUAAUUUGCUUUUCCCCCCCAAGUUUCACUCGUGCUGUUGUAAAAUGUUUGUUUUUACUCAGGGUUCACCUUUUCCUUGGGACCAUGGGAUCGUGUGUGUUUGCUCAAGCCUUUCUCCUUGGCAUGUGCCAYCCCCCAAUAAACACGAG